GCGGGGCUCGCGGUGUGAACUUGGUGCGAGCCUCGCUGUCAGCGCGGUUCUGCGGUGGGCUCGGCGUUCCGCGGCCCGUUUUUGCGGAGGGUCUUCGACUGCGGUGUUUCGAGCCGGCAGGAAAGAAAAAAACGAAAGUGGCGAAGCCGAGAGCGCGCGGCGUGAGCUGGGGGGAGCGGCGGAGCGAAGUGAGCUGCUCGCAGGGAAGCGCCGUUCGGAUCCAGGGGGUGGCACUGGAUUUACAUAAACCGAUCCGUUUCCUUAUCCUGGAUACUUCAACGCCUGCUGUCAUUCUAAACGAUACGCUCUCCGCGAACACUGCGGUUUCUGGAGUAUAACAAGUGGUGUUUGUGCCUUUUGCACUCGUGUGUUCAUACGCCAGUUUUUGAGUGCGUGCCUGAAACUUCUCGUGUCCGGCAGGGAGCCCUUGAGAUGACAGCCAUGGCAGAAUUCAACAGCGUUCAGUCAGUGUCUGAAAUGCCAGAAGAAGGUGAAGCUAAACGUGGCUUCUAUCACAGAAUGUUUUUGGAACCUCAGGAGGAGAAGAGGAACCUGAAGGCUCUGAUGGUUAAACAAGUGAAGAAAACUUGCAGCUGCACUCCAGCCAAAGUUAAAGACUGUGUUUUGAGUUUCUUUCCCAUCGUGCAGUGGCUUCCUAAGUACAAUCCAAAAGAGUGCUUACUGGGAGACAUAAUGUCUGGUGUGAUUGUGGGGGUCUUGCUAGUCCCACAGUCAAUUGCUUAUUCUCUCUUGGCUGGGCAGGAGCCUAUUUAUGGCCUUUAUACGUCCUUCUUUGCAGGCAUUAUUUAUUGCAUAUUUGGAACCUCUCGCCACAUCUCUGUUGGUAUCUUUGGUGCGCUUUGCCUGAUGGUGGGACAGGUGGUGGAUCGUGAGGUGCUGAGGGCCGGCUAUGAGUUGGAGCCAGCUGCUCUCAGUGACCGCAUGGAUACAGCAGUGCACGUGAACUCCACCGCUGCGCCUGUGAACCAGACAUUACAGAAGCUGCUCUGUGAUAAAACCUGCUACGCAAUAAAAGUGGGAUCCACCAUGACCUUCAUAGCUGGGGUUUAUCAGGUGGCCAUGGGUUUCUUUCAAGUGGGCUUUGUCUCAGUGUACCUCUCCGAUUCAUUGCUCAGCGGAUUUGUCACGGGUGCCUCCUUUACCAUCCUGACAUCCCAAGCUAAGUACCUCCUGGGUCUGGACAUUCCACGGAGCAGUGGCGUCGGCUCCCUCAUAACCACAUGGAUAAACAUCUUCAGAAACAUACACAAGACUAACAUGUGUGAUGUCAUCACCAGCUUUUUGUGCUUUCUUGUUCUUAUCCCAACUAAGGAACUUAAUGAACAUUUUAAAUCCAGGCUCAAGGCUCCAAUUCCAGUUGAAUUAGUUGUGGUUGUGGCAGCUACUCUGGCAUCUCACUUAGGGAAGCUGAAAGAAACCUAUGGCUCAAGUGUUGCUGGGCACAUCCCAACUGGCUUUCUGCCACCCAGCCCUCCUGACUGGAACCUGAUUCCUAAUGUGGCAUUGGAUGCUAUCCCCAUCGCUGUCAUUGGCUUUGCCAUCACUGUUUCCCUCUCAGAAAUGUUUGCCAAGAAGCAUGGUUACACCGUGAAGGCCAACCAGGAAAUGUAUGCCAUUGGCUUCUGCAACAUCAUUCCCUCUUUCUUCCAUUGCUUCACAACAAGUGCAGCUCUUGCUAAGACUCUUAUUAAAGAGUCAACAGGCUGUAGAACACAGGUUUCUGGCGUUGUGACUAGUUUGUUAAUCCUAAUAGUCCUCCUUGUGAUUGCACCUUUGUUUUAUUCCCUUCAGAAAUGUGUCCUUGCUGUCAUAACCAUUGUAAACCUCAGAGGUGCCCUGCGAAAGUUCAGAGACCUGCCAAAAAUGUGGCAUUUGAGCAGGGUGGACACGGUGAUCUGGCUAGUUACUAUGGUGUCCUCAGCACUCAUCAGUACUGAGAUUGGUCUUCUGAUCGGUGUUUGUUUCUCUAUGCUUUGUGUCAUUUUUCGAACUCAGAAACCAGAGGCGCCAUUGCUUGGCUGGGUGGCAGAGUCUGAAACAUAUGAGUCCCUGUCUGCUUAUAAGAACUUAGAAACUAAGCCAGGAGUUGUGGUGCUGCGUUUUGAAGCACCCCUCUACUACAUCAACAAAGAGUGCUUCAAAUCCGCACUGUAUAAGCAAACUGGAGUCAACCCAGCCUUGGUGAAGGCAGCAAAGAAAAAGGCAGCAAAAAGAAUGCUUAGAGAGAAGGAAGCGGGUUCUGGUGGCAGCCAGACCAACGUUUCCAUGGAGCUUGUGUCCGAGCCGUUGGGGUUUCACACAAUAGUGAUUGACUGUUGUGCAGUGCAGUUUCUGGACACAGCAGGAAUACGCACGCUCAAAGAGGUCUGCAAGGACUACAGUGAGAUAGAUGUCCAGGUGCUGCUGGCACAGUGCAAUCCUUCAGUGAGGAGUUCCCUAAUGCGGGGAGAAUUCUUCAAAGAGGGGGAGGACCAUCUUCUCUUCCACAGUGUGCAUCAGGCUGUGGACUUUGCACUGGGUGCACAGGAGCACAGCAGGACGUGUGCUUCUAAGAACUAGUCGGAACAAAGCCUGGAAAAAAUGAGCACUGCUUUAUGUAUGGAACUGAGUGAAUGCAUCUCUUAAGUUUUUCAUGAUCUGUAUACGAACCAAAGAGUUUCAUAUGAACAUUCAUCUCAUUUCUCUUCUGUCAUCAACUUCCCAUUUCUUAGUUCUCCUCUGUUUUGAUCACAGCAUGGAGGUCUUUCUGAAUGAGACAAGCUUUAGGAGCAUUCUAGGCUACCCAUCUAGCUGAAUGCUACAAGGCAACUCAUUUCUUGUUCCCAGUUGAGAAAUUGCUUUUUCAUAUCAUCACAGCCCUAUAUUUUAAAGGAAUGACUGACAGGUACUGUUUAUUCUGUUUUUUAUCACACUGUGAUUGGUUGGUCGUAUUAGGACAGAGAGAUAAGGAAAAUCAUGCAACAAAAAAGUCCUAAUGCAUAGCUUGUAGCUUACCUGUCACCUCUGGACGAUGCUUUGUCAUCGUGUGUUGACAGCCAAAUGCAGCUGUAUGAGCAGGGGCAGGGUUAUCUAAUUUCUGUGCAGUCCCUUACGAGCCAGGAAAGAUUGCUCUUUUGCUUGAAUCUCUUUGGAUAAUCUCUCUGGAAGUAUUUUUAUUUGGACAUGAUUGCUUAGAAGUCUGAUUCAUACUUACGGUCAGUUGCUUGUUUUGUUCGUAUUUAGGAGUGCUUUAGGAUUGUGAACAUUAGAUAUGAAAGAUCUCCAAUUCGUGGGUUGCAACACAAUACAAGCCAGUUUUACUUGCCAAACUGACAGAACCACAGACAGCACACAGAAUGAAAAGGGCCCCACAGAUUAUUCAGCAUCUGGCCAAAUCUGCCUGUGCCAUGCAGACUUCCUGUGUGAAUGCAGGUUUUAUUGACCAUAAACCCUUUACAUAUGCUCAGUCAUGGGUCUUUUGUAAUGGAGAUGUUGGCCAAGAAGAGAGGUAAUCAGAAAAAGAGCCAGAAAGAAAUGUGCUGAAAGCUCUUCACCACCUUCGUGUAAAUAAAACUUUGUACUCUGCUGUUAAGUUAUGCAGAACAGUGAAAAGUCCCUAUUGUUCAUGUCGAAAUAAAGGCACUGGAUAGGAAGUCUUUCUCUGUUCUUGCAGCAAUAGAAUACAAUUAUGAAAGCAUAAUUGAAAGAUUAACUUUUCUUUACUGACUGCCAGGGGAUUUUAUAGUCUGAACUGCAAUUUCUGGACAGCUUUUAAGAGGGAAAGGGUGUUGUAUAUGACAGUAAGCUCAUCCUUAAUCAUUCAAAAAUGAGUCAGGAAUCAGAAAAGUAAGAAAAUGCAAUGUAAAUCAUGAAACAUUUUGUAAAUGGAAAUACAUUUUCCAUUUAGGAUGAUUUUAUUUUUCUGAGCAAUUAGGAACUUUCCCCUCAUUUCGGUGAAAGCUGAAAUGUCACACGGCGCUUCAGUCUAGGAGCUGAGAGCUCAAGAGAAAGGACAGAAGGAAGUUAAGUCCCAGGACCUGGCAACGUUUAUAUGCUAGGUGAACUUAGUACAUUUUUUAGGACAUCAUAGGAGUGUAUAAAAACAUUUAGGGAGUGGACAGGGUGGAUGCUACAUGUAUGGAGAAGGAUCACAUAACUGAGAUCCUUGAAUUGGACUUAGGAAGGCAACAGCGAAACUUCAAACAUCAGAGAUUCUAAAGCUUCUGCAGCGUUCAAAAAAACACAAAUAAUUUUCUUUCAUAGCCUUAAGGCACGUUUAUACAAGGAGAUGAAUCCCAAAUAGCUACUGCUGAUUUUUUUUUCUUUUCUACAUAAACUUCCAUUCUGUGCUAAGAAUCCCUUUUGCGCUUUGGGUAAUUGCAGGGACCAAGUUUGUAUUGUCAAAGAGGGAGCAGCUCCAGCAGCCGGGAUCCUGCCACAGGACAGCUUUCAGCUCUAAACAAAAUUACCCAUGCCAUUUAUUCAUUUUCACCGCGUUGCCCCUCAGGCAUUGUCAGCUCAGGGGAAUGAGCUGCUCUGAUGGUCCUGCAGACUUCCUCCUGGGCAGGGAUGGAAUGGGGAUGGAAUCUUUCCUGUGUGCGCUCAUGACUUCUACCCUUUCCACGCUGCCCAGGAGAGGAUUUUUUGAUUUGUGACAAUGCGCAGUGAUAACAGAAGAAGAAAAUUAAAAAGUAUUUAUUAAACGCCUUUUUGUUACAUUUCAAAUUUGUUUCCACCUGUGCCAAGGGAGGAAUAACUGCAUGGAUUCCAAGAAGCAGUACUACAGCUGUAAAGGAUGCGUAUUUGUAGCACCUGAGUGUUUGUUUGUAUUAAAGCACAAUAAAACAGCCAUAAAUUGAUUUUCAAAGAAUUAAUUUAGAUUACAGCUAAAAGAUAGACUAAAGUGAUUUAUGUUUAGCUAGAGCACAUCAUGCUUGGCCGCAGUGCUGUUUGUGCAGCCACAAUUGGCAGUGUAGCCUCCAAAUUGAAUUUAAAGCAAAACACACAUACACAAAAUGUAUUAAAAUGCAACUGCAAAAGCAUCCAGCCAACAAAAAAAAAACAAGCCAACAACAACAAAAAAAACAAUUUCUGAUGUUGUUUAAGACAAUAUCCAUAGGCUGCAGUUUAUCCUCUGUACAAAUGCAUACGGCCCUGGUUGGAAGGGAAUACAAAUAAAUGCCAGUUGGCAGAGAGUUAAUGUGAUAGGCAGUCCUUUGGCAUUAACUGAAGGUUGGAGCUUAUCGUGGCUGGGAUUUCUUAAAACAGUGGGUUUUCAGGCAUUUUCCUUUCAGAGCUUUUCUUUUUAAUGCCUUGCUUCAGUCUGUUUGUGGAUCUUGAGAAAUAAUCUAACUUCAUGUUUAGGCACCAAGGAUCACUGAGUGAAAACUGUUGCCCUAAAAAAUUUGUUUCCUAAGGGAAUUCCAGACACGUGUGUAUACAUAUAUAUAUGUACAUAAAUGUACACACACCCUUUGCAGCUUUAUGUCUCCAGUUGUGCUUUUGCAAAGUGGCUCCUUCUGUCCUAGAAGGGGCUCUCUAGCCUUCUACUGACUUAAUUUGCCAUUUACAAAAAGAAUGAAUCCCAGAAUGAUUGCCUUUGGGCUGCCCAAAAUAGUGACAUUUGUUGCAGAAGCCUUCACAGCCCAGGGCCAACCUGGAAGGUUGCAUAAACCUGUUGGUCUCCUGUAAGGCAGCUUCCAAAUGUCUUAAUUCAGUAAUUAUCUGUCUAAAAGAGGAAUUAACAGAUCAUUAUCGCAUUCAUUAACGGUAACAACGUGGCAUUAUGGAAAUUAAUACUCACAAUCUCAGCUAUACUGAAGGCAUGUGGAAGUAUCUUCAGUGAUCUGCUAAAUGUCAGACUUGCUCUACUGCUAUAGGCAGUAGUUUUAAGCUCCUGAUGUGCCAGUUGCACUAAUAAAUGUUUCACUUGCGUAAACGUUUUGACAUCUAUUCUUAAUCCAUUUCAGAAAUAGGAAGGUGUUAAUGUGAUGCACGUGGUUCUUAUUUCUAUUCUUAUUUUUGGAUUUACAAUCACAUUGUUGUAGUGGAAAUGCUCAGUCAUGGCUUGAAUCACUGACUGAGCACCUGGUGGGAAGGCAGGACCAACCCAGGGGAGCUCAUGUGUAUGCAAUGCAGCUGAGUGACUGGGAAGGAUGGAGCCAGGGUUCACCCUUUCCCAGACCUCAUUUAAGGGUUGGCAGUGGAGGUGAGGGUAUCUGAUUGGAGAUCCCUGCCUACUUGAGGUCUUGUUAAGGUAAGCAGAUUUUCUUCUUUUGUUUCUGUGUCUAUGGCAGUUGUCAUUUGUUGUAGUCUGGGAUUGUGUCACCCUGUUAUUACUGCUGUAUUUUCCAUCACGUUGUAGCACUAUGGCAUUACAGUUGUCAGCCUUGGUCCUGUGUGAUUUAGUGAUCCGGAUCUCCUAGCAUGUUGUUGCAGCUCUACUCAUUGAUCUUCAAUUCAUCACACAAUUCAUCUCACCACCGUCUUUCACAUUUCUGUGUUUGUCUGUAAGGCACUGUGUGUGAUUGACUGUAAAUAGAAGAAUCUUAGCAUAUUUUGAUAUUACCUAUGAGCUGCUAUUCAGUUUUCAUGUCAAAUCUUCUAGUGAGACCAAAGCUCCUGAGCAAAGGCUGUAGAGGCACCCCCAAAUCCCACGCUGUUUGGGGCUGUGGGGAGCAGCCCCAUGUACCUGCUGGGAGAGCUACAGCCAGGCCUGGGGCUGCACAACGGCUCGUGCACAAGUGGCAGUGCCUGCCCAGUUACAGCACUGCAUGCAGCCAUGUGCCUUUUUCCAUGAGUUUAAUACUAACACAGCGUCCUCGUUCCUGUCCGGUGCUGCUGCAUGAGUCAGUGUCCCAUUCUCAGUAUUAAAAGGGAUUUCUGGCUUUGUGAUUAUUUUUUUAUACUUCUAAUCUAAUUCUGUACUUGACUCUCCUAGAAAAGACCACAAAGCUGCCAUGACACCUGUACUCCUUCCCUGUACUCCUUCCCCAUCAGGUUGCCUUGAUGAGCAGGGAGAUCUCUUGGGGGUGGAGGGUGGGGAGGAAACAUGGUGUUUCCUUCAGCUCUACAUAUUUCCUGGCUUGUGCCAAGAGAUGUUGAAAUCGCUUGUUGAUGGGCCUGAAUUGCAGACAGGAGGUACUGCAGAAAGCAUUCUGGGUUUUUGAGUCAGCUGGUCCCAGCUGCAGCCCACAUCCUUGUGCCUGUGUGUGAGCUCUGUGCCAGAUACUACAUCUGCAUCUUGCUUGCUGUGCAAGCCUGCAUAGCGAGGUCUGCACUUCCUGUACCCAGACCUUGCUGGGACGACACUACACAUCUUCCCAGGUCCCACUCUUUGAAUCUUUCACCCAAAGGCUGUGCAAGCUCCCUGCUCCCAGUAUGCUUGAAUACCUGUUAGCAGGUGUUGCUGCUAAGAGGUUUUUAAUGAGACUGAAGUCAUCACCCCCAGGAUCCAAACUGCUGGCCUAGAUCACAGAAACUGGAACAUGAGGAAGCCCUAUUGGUUGCGAGUGAAACACUUAGGGCAAAUAGUUCCUUUUCAGGAUGUUACUUUCUGGUUUUUUUUUUUUUUUGUUUUUUUUUUUUUUUCAUAUGCUUUAGAGAGAUGAUUAAAUUAUUUAAGUGAUUGAAGUUUAUUUUAACAGCAUUAACUAAGCUAAUGAAGCUGUGAUGCAGGUAGGAGUCAUCUGCUAAUGCAAUCCAGGGUGCCUUUUGUCUGUACAACUUGUUGUGCUUUGCUGAGUCUCAGGCUAGGAUACCGUUGUGAGUCUGGAAUAUUGAUAUAAUUGUCCUCAUUAGAAGGGAUUUGCACUUCUACUAUGCUGGCAUAGCUAAAAGGAGCAAUAUCUUUAGUGCAGAUGAGGCUCUGUGCCUUUGCAUUUUGAACUGCUUUAAGUCCCAAGAAUUACUUGCACUUGGUUGUUGUGUUUGUAAGCCUUUGUUGGAGCAGCUGCUCGUGUGGAGAAAGAACCUGACUCAAUAGAAUUUCUUCUGAAGUAGAAAUCAUUUUGAGUUUUGCCUGUUCUUUUGAGAUGAUUUUAAUGCUAAAAGUGAUGCCUCUGGUUAGGUAUAAUGACUAAUAUUUAAUAUAUAUAUUUAGUUUAUAGCAUAAUGAGUACCUUUUAUCCUAUUUCACAGAGAUGAAAUAAGGCACAUUGCUAUUUUUCUAACGUGCAAAUACACAGAAUACUACAACAUUUGAUGGAGAGUCAAAUCUCCACUGAGGAAGUGUACUGCCCAAAAUAUUUGAAUUCUGAGUCUGAAAGCACUCAGUUCUUAGUCCAGUUCCCAGAUCGUCUCAGGACUGCACAGAAUGAUGGGAAGCCAAAUAUUCUGCUGGACUUGGGUCCAAAUUUUAAUGUCUACCUUUUGACUUUAGAAAUUUUGUGAUAUAAAUCUAACUGAAAGAUGUUUGAGGAGACGUAAAGCAUCACUCUGUGGCAGCACGCGAUGAUGUCACUUCAUCAGCCUCUGGUUACUGACAGCCAUCUCUGGCACUAUGGUAUGACCUGGGAUAUGAUUUCUGAAUUAUUCUAAAUUCAGAUUGAUUUUAAGACACUGCGACAAUGUUUUGCUCAGUGAAUUAAAUGACAAAUUUUGUCUGGACUAGCUUUUCCAAAUUUGGGAGUUAGCUUAAACAAACAGGACCUCAGGGGUGGAAAAACUGCUUGUCUGACUGGACCCGUUUACAGAAGUAAUUAGUUUGGAAAGUUGCAUAGCAUGUAUAAUGGAUUGCCUUUUUAUUACUAUUUAUAAGUGCAGUGUAAAUGAGGUGUGAUACUUCCCCCACUUUGGUGCUGGAAUCUGGAGUGCUGGGGAGGCUGUCUGUCCCUUGCCUUGGCCUAUUCUGUAUGUGUGUUUGCUAGCACAGAUGUGGCCUUGUGCACAGCCUGAGAUGUGUUGCCAUCAGCUCCUCAGGAGUGCUGUGCUCACUGACCAAAGCCUGUGAUGGGAGUUGUGUUUUGUCAAUCAUCUUAUGUUCUACCAACAAAACAUACUUAGGGGUUAUAUCAUCUGCAUAUUGCUGGCUUUACAUUUUCUCUAUCUGCUUGUUCUGUAUCAACUGCCAUUUUAAAAUGCUGAUGUGCCUUAUUGUCAUUGCAGAAGACUGUUAAAAGAAGAAUUUUCCAUUCGUUAUGGUAAAAUCUUUGAGAUUUCUUUACCAUCAUUAAAAGAUAUUUAUGUUCUUUUCUGCUGUCAGGUGUAUGCUUAAUACCUAAACAGAUGCUGCUUUAAAUUUUAAGAGGAAAAGCCACACAUCUGAGCAGUGACCUACUCCCUGUUUCUCUUCACACCUGCAUCAGUCACUGUUGUAAACAUGGUGUACAUAGCUGCAUGCAAAUCUGAAUUUCCCAAACUGGUAUGAACUUUCCCUGCACUGAUUGGUACACAUAAGCACACAUGGAAACUUUCUGUCAACACAGAAAAAGGUAUUAACAAUACAUGGAUGGCUUUCACCUUCUAUCUUGGGUGCUCUGUGCAAGUGCUUGUGGUUUUCUCGUGAAGAGAUGUGGCUGUAAUAAGAAAUGCUGACAGCUGUGUGCUGCGUCAGGGUGAGCAGCACCCUCCUGUGGGCCAGGUUUGAAUUCCCGAGAUGCAAGAGCUAUCAGACACUUGUACUUGCAGCACAUGGCAUCGCCUAUUCAGCUGUAAAAAAAAAAAAAGCUGCAGUGUGUUUCAGUGUUAAUUCACUUCACUGGUUAUGUGGCUUGGUCAGGUCAUGGCCAGGAAGAGUCAGAGCAAAAA